AUGGUCUUCACAUUCGUUCAAAAACUGGCUGUGGCUGCUGCGGCGGCGCAGUUUCUCGGCUUGCCUAGUCUAGCAUCUGCUGCUGCUCUCCGCCUCCACGCCAGAGCCGGCGACGAGCCUGGCUUGCCACAUGAUCCCAACACCACCUCUUACUGCUCCUGGUGGAUCGACUACGACGGUUCGCAAACAUGCCAAGAGGUUCUGGAAUGGAACUGGAUUGAGAUUUCAGACUUUCGCCGCUGGAACCCUACGGUUGACGAAAACUGCAACGGCUUGACGGCUGGAAACAGCUACUGUGUCGAGGCUUGGACCGAGCCCAAACCACCUGCUGAGCCUUCUACCACCGCUGCCGCUUCUACCACUGUCCGUGUCACCACCACCUCCGCUCCUCCUACAACCACUCAGCCACCCAGCACCACCACCAAGCCAGUUACCACUACGACGAUCACCGGCAAUGGCGUCGAGACACCACUUCCCGUCCACAACGGUAUUGUAAAGAACUGCGCCAAGUUCCAUCUGGUCCAGGUCGGCGAUACUUGCGCCGUUAUUGCACGCAACUAUGGCCUGACCACCGCUGACGUAGUAUCUUGGAAUGGUCUCAAUAACGGUUGCACCGACCUCUGGGGCGACACUUAUGCCUGCGUCGGCCUCAUUGGAGGUACCCAAACCACUGCUGCCCCUUCCACGACGGCUGCCGGUAACGGAGUCGAGACGCCUGCGCCCGUCCAUAACGGAAUCGUCAAGAACUGUGCCAAGUUCCAUCUUGUUCAGAUCGGUGACACCUGUGCCGUCAUUGCCCGGAACUACGGCAUCAGCGUUGCUCAGGUGGUUUCCUGGAACGGCCUCAACAACGGCUGCACCGACCUCUGGGGUGACACCUACGCUUGUGUUGGUUUGGUUGGAGGCACGCAGACGAGUAUCACACCCGCAACCACCACGACUGCUGGCAACGGUGUUCAGACUCCCGCACCUGUUCAUAACGGAAUCGUGAACAACUGUGCCAAAUUCCACUUCGUCCAGUCAGGCGAUACUUGUGCCGUCAUCGCCAGGAACUACGGCGUUAGCGUAUCCCAAGUCGUCUCUUGGAACGGCCUCAACAAUGGAUGUACUGACCUCUGGGGCGACACCUAUGCUUGUGUUGGCCUGAUUGGAGGCACACAGACGAGUAUCGCACCCGUAACCACGACUGCUGGCAACGGUGUUCAGACGCCUGCGCCCGUUCACAACGGAAUCGUCAAGAACUGUGCCAAAUUCCACCUCGUCCAGUCCGGCGACACAUGCGCUGUGAUUGCUCGGAACUACGGACUCAGUACCUCCCAGGUGGUAUCUUGGAACGGUCUCAACAACGGUUGCACCGACCUCUGGGGCGACACCUACGCGUGUGUCGGCCUCAUCGGGGGCACGCCCACGACGACGGCCAAGACCACGACCACCGCGGCCGGCAACGGAGUCCAGACCCCCCAGCCCACGCAACCAGGCAUCGCCAGCAACUGUAACAAGUUCCACCUGGUCAAGUCUGGCGAUACGUGCGCCUCCAUCGCCAGCGGCAACAACAUCCCCGUCUCUCGGUUCAUCCAGUGGAAUAGCCUCAAUUCCGCGUGCUCCAACCUCUGGGGUGAUACCUAUGCCUGCAUCGGUCUCAUUGGCAGCUCGCCUUCCCCCACCACCACGAAGCCGCCUACCGGCGUCACGACGCCCCAGCCCAUCCAGGGAAGCAUCGUGCCCAACUGCCGCAAGUUCGAAUGGAUCAACGGCGGCGACACCUGCGAGGUCGUUGCCAACCGCAACGGCAUCACCGUCAAGCAGCUCACCACCUGGAACCCCUCCAUCGGCAGUGACUGUCGAUCCCUCUGGGCCAACGCCUACGCAUGCGUCAGCGGACCUUGA